AUGGCGUCGAUGCCGAAAUUUUCCACCGUCAUUUCGUGGCUGAUCUACUCCGUCCCUAUCUACAUCUUCGUCCUCAACCCGUUGCUCCAGCAAGUCGUCCCGAAACCCGUGUCCUCCCUGUGGGAUGCGAACUAUGCAUCUGACGACUGGGACGAUUCAGCUCCGGGAUUGAACCUCACCGACGACAGUUUCAUUAGUCCCGAAGAUGGGGUGCCACUGAACUGCGCGGGGGAGCCGGCUGGGUACAAGGUGCAUCUGCUGUCGCGGACGCCACUCAUCUUGUACAUUGAGAAUUUCCUUAGCGAUGAGGAAGCGGACCAUCUAGUUGAUACUAGCCUGAACAAGUACACCCCUUCCAUUGUCUACGACGGCUUCACCGAACGAGUCGAUCCAAACAAACGCCUCUCCGACCGAGCCCUCCUCGACCGCGACGACACCGUCCGCUGCCUCGAAGACCGCGCCCGCGCAUUCCAGGGCUGGCGCCCACACCUGUACAUCGAGCGCAUGUGGGCGCAGCGCUACAAUGCGUCCGGCCACUACCGACACCACUACGACUGGACCGGGUCCCUCGCGCGCGGCGGCGAUCGCCUCAGCACAUUCAUGGUAUAUCUGGCCGCAGACUGCGAGGGUGGCGGGACGAAUUUCCCUCGUCUGCAAAUGCCGGCUGGGAAACAGUGGUGCCGAUUUUUGGAAUGCGAGGACGAGCAGUCCGAGGCCGAAGGGGGAGCGGGCGAAGGGUGGGAUCGGGCGACGUCAAAGAAGGACGGGAUUACGUUCAAGCCGAUCAAGGGGAAUGCCGUUUUCUGGGAGAAUCUCCGGCCUGAUGGGACCGGGUAUACCGAGACCUGGCACGCCGCGUACCCGGUCACGUCUGGGACCAAGGUUGGGCUGAAUAUUUGGAGUUGGUAUCAGCCGCCGAAGAGGAGGAGAUGA